AUGGCCGACAAUUACGUUCGGUGGAUAAUUAGGGGACGGAUCCAACAGAAAUGGAUCGAAAACCGUGGAGCGGGUUGCUGGUACCCUAUUUCCACGUUCACUUUGACGCUCAGACACCAUGACUAUACUGUCGACCGCACAUCUGUGAAGCUAGAUGCGAAGUUACUAACUACCCUGAACAUGAACAACGCGAAUUCCACCUAUCGAAAGAUCAGCAUCACGCAGUGUGUCGAAGGCCCACCGGUGUGGUGGAUUGGACGCACUGGACCAGGUGUGAUUAUUAUUGAUGACAUCUUCAGAUCCAAGAGAAGCGAGGAUCCGUACAUAUCCGAGUUUACCAUGGCGGCCUACAAAAUGGAUUUUCCCCUGGAUAGCCUGAAGAAGGUAUUUGUUCCCAAUGUCAACGAGAAGAACACCCUAUUAUGUGUUAGAGAGGUGUAUAAAACCCGCGAAGGAAUACGCUAUCCAUCUAGCGCAGAGCAGACAUGGGAGCCUUCCUCAUCUGAGUUCCAUGCUCUACUAGGCAUCGGGAUAGGAAAACUCAUUGCAGCAUUUGUUCUGUGUGCGUGGGGUCAAGGGAGAAAGCGAAUUGCGAGAAUCGUCACUUUCCACGUUGGCGCCGACGUUCACAAGCUGUACAUGCGGUUUGAUCUGGAGGAUAUGUGA